AUGCAAUGUGUCGGUGUGGCAGAUGAAGGCGUGGACGGACUAAUAAGGGAGGUUAACACCAACAAAGGCAAGGUGAAGGCCCUGGCCCAUGUUUUCUUCCCAAAGAAGCCGGACGUCUCAAGAGUACCAAGAAACUUCGACUACCCUGACCCGCUUCCAGCACUGCCACCCAUCACCCCAGAACAGAUUGAGCGCCAAAUCAAAAGGCCAUUGCCCUUCAAGGUGUGUGGCCCAGAUGAAAUCCCCAACAUGGUCCUUCAGAAGUGCCCAGAGCAGCUGCUGGAUCACCUGGUUCACUUGUUCAGGGGAGUAUUCACUUUGAAAACUUACUUUCCAAGGUGGAGGGAGUUCACAAUGGUGGUGCUGAGGAAGCCAGGCAAGCCAAACUAUGAGGUGCCAAAGGCCUACCAACUGAUAGCCCUUCUAUGCACAAUCCCAAAGGUGCUGACAGCAAUAGUGGCAGAAGACAUUGCCCAUCUGGUGGAGAUGAAUGCCCUACUUCCAGACACUCACUUCGGAGGAUGA